CUCGCGAUUUCUCUCUUUUCUCUCUCUAGCGAAACCGACUCCCCCCCUUCAUAUCCCUCUCGCUCUUGCUCUUCAAAGCCUUUCCACAUAACAGUGAAGCCAAAUCCCUAACGCCAAACACGAACCAAGCAAACCUACAUCUCCUUAUCUUCCUCCCAAACCCUAGAGUUUUACAGGAUUCGUCAUGAAGGGCGGUAAAUCCAAGGCGGCUCCUAAAAAGGCCGAUUCUAAGUUGAAGACCAAAAGUGCUGGAGCUAGUAAGAAAUCGGCGAAGGCUGCGAAGGAUCCUAACAAGCCGAAGAGGCCUGCUAGUGCUUUUUUCGUUUUCAUGGAGGAGUUUAGGAAGCAGUACAAAAAGGAGCAUCCUAACAACAAAUCUGUGGCCGCUGUUGGGAAGGCUGGCGGUGAUAAAUGGAGGUCAUUGUCAGACGCCGUAAGUUAUUGGAAAUCGAUAUUGUUACUCCNGUGGUGGUAUCAGGUAAUUGAGAAGUGA